AUGUCGAACGUUUUCUUCCCAUACUCCAAGGCGCCGCUGCGCACCGUUAAGGAGAUUCAGUUCGGCCUCUUCGCCCCGGAGGAAAUCAAGCGCAUGAGCGUUGUCCAUAUCGAGUACCCUGAGACCCUGGUUGGUAAUCCAAAGAAACACGACGCCAUCGCAGCGAGACUAACCGCAUCCCAGGAUGAUCAACGCCAGCGUCCACGAACCAAGGGCAUCAAUGACCCGCGCUUGGGCACGAUCGACCGCCAGUACAACUGCGAGACUUGCGAGGAAGGCCCCAAGGAAUGCCCUGGGCAUUUCGGUCACAUCGAACUCGCUUCUCCUGUUUUUCACAUCGGUUUCCUGACCAAGAUCAAGAAGCUGCUGGAGACUGUGUGCCACAACUGUGGAAAGAUCAAGGCCAACACGGCCGAUUCCAAGUUCUUGGAAGCUCUUCGGAUGCGUGACCCGAAACGACGCUUCGACCAUAUUUGGAGACUCUCCAAGGAUGUGUUGAUCUGCGAAGCCGAUCCUCCUCCGGAUGACGAUGAAUUCUCGAAGGACUCGCAGAAGGGACGCUCUCACGGUGGGUGUGGCAACGCCCAGCCGACGGUGCGCAAGGAAGGAAUCACCCUGGUUGGCACCUGGAAGCCUUCUAAGAGCAUGAUGGAGGAAGAGAUGGCACAGCCCGAAAAGAAGGUCAUCACUCCUGCGAUGGCCCUGCAGAUCUUCCGGAACAUCUCUCACGAGGAUGUUCGUAUCAUGGGCCUGAGCAAUGACUAUGCCCGCCCGGAAUGGAUGGUUCUCACGGUUCUCCCCGUCCCCCCCCAACUCGUUGUCAUGGGUGCCACUAGUGGUGCUCGCGGUGAAGAUGAUCUGACCUACAAGCUUGCGGAAAUCGUGCGCGCCAACCAAAACGUCCAGCGAUGCGAACAGGAAGGCGCCCCGGAACACGUCGUGCGCGAAUUCGAGUCCCUGCUCCAGUACCACAUCGCCACGUACAUGGACAACGAUAUUGCCGGUCAGCCCAAGGCCAUGCAGAAGGGAAAUCGCCCUGUCAAGGCUCUUCGCAGCCGUCUCAAGGGUAAGGAAGGUCGUCUGCGCCAGAACUUGAUGGGCAAACGUGUGGACUUCUCCGCCCGUACUGUCAUCACUGGUGAUCCGAACCUGUCGCUGGACGAGGUCGGUGUGCCCAUCUCGACCGCCAAAAUCUUGACCUAUCCGGAGGUGGUGACUCCGUACAAUAUCGAGAAGCUGCAGUGGCUGGUUUCCAACGGACCGAACUUGCACCCUGGUGCCAGGUACAUUGUCCGGGACAACGGCGAGCGCAUUGACCUUCGCCAUGCGAAGCGUGCCGGUACCCAGCAACUGCUGUAUGGCUGGAAAGUCGAACGCCACCUUGAUGACGGGGAUGUGAUUCUGUUCAACCGUCAACCUUCGCUUCACAAGGAAUCCAUGAUGGGUCACCGUGUCCGCGUCAUGCCGUUCUCUACGUUCCGAAUGAAUCUUUCCGUCACUUCUCCUUACAACGCUGAUUUCGAUGGUGACGAAAUGAACUUGCACGUCCCGCAGGGCGAGGAGUCUCGUGCGGAGCUUUCCGAGCUCGCCUUGGUUCCCAAGAACAUCGUGUCCCCUCAGCGGAAUGGUCCCCUCAUGGGUAUUGUGCAGGAUACCCUCUGCGGUGUCUACAAGAUCUGCCGCCGCGAUACGUUCCUUUCCAAGGAGCAGGUCAUGAACAUCAUGCUGUGGGUUCCGGAUUGGGAUGGUGUCAUCCCUCCACCCGCUAUUCUGAAGCCGCGUCCGCGGUGGACUGGAAAGCAGAUGAUCAGCAUGGCAUUCCCGUCUGGUCUCAACUUGCUGCGUGUCGAAAAGGACAACUCUCCCCUCUCCGAGAAGUUCAGUCCGCUUACUGACGGUGGCCUCCUUAUCCACGGUGGCCAGCUGAUGUACGGAAUGCUUUCCAAGAAGACCGUCGGCGCGAGCGGCGGAGGUGUCAUCCACACCAUCUUCAAUGAGUAUGGACCGGACACUGCUGUCAACUUCUUCAACGGCACACAGACGAUCGUCAACUACUGGCUGUUGCACAACGGUUUCAGUAUCGGUAUCGGCGAUACGAUCCCUGACUACAACACGAUCCAAAAGAUCGAGGAGGCUGUGCGUGAGCGGAAGAAGGAAGUCGAGUCGAUCACUGCCAGUGCGACUGAAAACACCUUGGAGGCUCUGCCUGGUAUGAACGUACGUGAGACUUUCGAGAGCAAGGUCUCGCGUGCUCUGAACAAUGCCCGUGACGAAGCUGGUGCUGCGACCGAGAAGAGUUUGAAAGAUCUCAACAAUGGUAUCCAGAUGGCGCGCUCCGGUUCCAAGGGGUCCACCAUCAACAUCUCCCAGAUGACUGCCGUGGUGGGACAACAAUCCGUCGAGGGCAAGCGUAUUCCUUUCGGUUUCAAGUACCGCACUCUACCGCAUUUCACCAAGGACGACUACUCGCCCGAGUCGCGUGGCUUCGUUGAGAACUCGUAUCUCCGUGGUCUGACCCCGACUGAAUUCUUCUUCCACGCUAUGGCUGGUAGAGAAGGUCUCAUCGAUACAGCUGUCAAGACAGCCGAGACAGGUUACAUUCAGCGUAAGCUGGUCAAGGCUCUUGAAGAAGUCAUGGUCAAAUACGACGGAACCGUGCGCAACUCCCUGGGUGACAUUAUUCAGUUCAUCUACGGUGAAGAUGGUCUGGAUGGUGCGCACAUUGAGAAUCAGCGUGUCGACGUCAUCCGAUGCUCCGAUGAGAAAUUCAGAGACCGCUUCCGCGUGGAUGUCAUGGAUCCGGAGCGAUCUCUCGGCCCGGAGGUGUUGGAGCAAUCGACUGAAAUUGCGGGUGACAUUGAGGUUCAGAGAUACCUCGACGAAGAAUGGGAGGCGCUCCUUAAGGACCGCGCUUUCCUCCGCACCGUGGCUAAGGAGGACGAAGAAAUGAUGCAGCUGCCAAUCAACAUCCAGAGAAUCCUGGAGAUGGCCCGCUCGACUUUCCGAAUCCGCGAAGGCACCAUCAGUGACCUGCAUCCCGCCGAGGUUAUUCCUCAGGUUCAGGCUCUGCUUGAUCGUUUGCUGGUUGUCCGUGGUAACGAUGAAAUCUCGCGUGAAGCCCAGGAUAAUGCGACCCUUCUGUUCAAGGCGCAACUUCGCAGCCGACUUGCCUUCCGGCGAUUGGUCACCGAGUACUCACUCAACAAGCUUGCUUUCCAGCACGUGCUUGGUGCCGUUGAGAACCGCUUCGCUCGUGCGGGGGCUAACCCUGGCGAAAUGGUCGGUGUCCUUGCAGCUCAGUCGAUUGGUGAGCCCGCUACUCAGAUGACCCUCAACACCUUCCACUUUGCCGGUGUCUCGUCCAAGAACGUCACCCUUGGUGUGCCGCGUCUCAAGGAAAUUCUCAACGUCGCCACGAACAUCAAGACCCCGUCCAUGACUGUUUACCAGCAGGGUGCGAAGACCUAUGACAAGGAGGGUGCGAAGCAACUGCGCAGCGUCGUCGAGCACACCAGUUUGCGCUCUGUCACGCAGGCCACUGAGAUCUACUACGAUCCCGACAUUCAGACCACUGUCAUCGAGAACGAUCGGGAUAUGGUCGAGUCAUACUUCAUCAUUCCCGAGGACGCUGCCGAUAAUGCAUCCCAGCAGUCCAGGUGGUUGCUCCGUAUCGUCCUUAGCCGCCCCAAACUGCUUGACAAGGGCCUUACGGUGCAGGACGUUGCCACCAAGAUCAAGCAGGCUUAUCCGAGGGAUAUCGCCGUCAUCUUCAGUGAUAACAACGCCGAUGAGCAGGUUAUUCGUAUUCGUCAGAUCCAAGACUACAAGGACGAUGAAGAUGACGAUGUCGAAUACGAUGUCACUCUCAAGAAGCUUGAACAGCACCUUCUCGAUACUUUGACCCUUCGUGGUGUUCCUGGUGUUGAGCGUGCCUUCAUCAAUGAGAAGAGCAAGGUGCGCGUUCUGGAGGACGGCACGCUUAUCGCGAGCAAGUCAGAUCCCCUAUGCAAGGAAUGGGUUCUCGAGACCAGUGGUUCAUCUCUGGGUGCGGUCCUUGCGAUCCCUGGUGUAGAUUCCACGCGCACAUACUCCAAUCAGUUCAUUGAGAUCUUUGAAGUGUUUGGCAUCGAAGCUGCUCGUACCGCUGUGCUUCGGGAGUUGACCCAGGUGCUUGCCUUUGACGGUUCCUAUGUUAACCAUCGUCACUUGGCCCUUUUGGUCGAUGUGAUGACUGUGCGCGGCUACCUGACUCCCGUUACUCGUCAUGGUAUCAACCGCGCGGACAAUGGUGCAUUGAUGCGCUGCUCGUUCGAAGAGACUGUGGAGAUUCUCUUGGAGGCUGCCGCUUUCGGAGAGCUCGACGACUGCCGUGGUGUGUCGGAGAACCUGAUCCUUGGUCAGAUGGCGCCCGCUGGAACGGGAGAGUUCGACGUUUAUCUGGACCAGACUCUGCUCAACACGGUUGUCUCGAACAACGCACGCUUCGGUCUCAUGGGAGCGAUCGGUGCCAAGGACGCCAUCAUACCCGAUGGUGCUGCCACUCAGUACGACUCUGCUUCGCCCAUGGCAAGCACUCCCUACAUGGCCGAUGGCGAUCCGGAUGCCAGCUUCUCGCCUAUCCGGCAGGCCGAGUCUCAGGCUCCUGGUGGGUUCACCGACUAUCAGCCCUCUGGUGGCUUUGGUGGAUUCAGCCCGGGUGCUCGCAGCCCUGGCGGCUAUUCUCCGAGCAGUCCGUUCAACACCAGCCCUACUUCGCCGGGCUACUCUCCUUCGUCGAGUUACUCCCCGACUUCUCCUGGAAUGGGCAUGACGAGCCCCCGCUUCAUGACUUCGCCAGGGUUCUCGCCUGCAAGCCCGUCGUUUGCGCCAACUUCCCCGGCCUACUCGCCCACUUCGCCCGCCUAUGGCCAGGCGUCGCCCACUUCGCCGUCGUACUCUCCGACGUCGCCUGGGUUCUCACCCACUUCGCCCAACUACAGUCCUACGUCGCCCAGCUUCAGCCCGACCUCGCCGGCUUUCAGCCCGACGUCCCCCAGCUACAGUCCCACCAGUCCUGCGAUUGGUGGUGCUGGCCGCGGACUGUCCCCUACUUCCCCAACUUCCCCCAAGUACACGCCAACCUCUCCUGGUUGGUCUCCUACGAGUCCGCAGUCUUACUCGCCUACUUCUCCCAACUUUUCUGGUUCUCCGACGUCUCCAGGAUACAGCCCGACCUCUCCGGCUUACAGUCCUACGUAA